AUGAUGUUGGUAGCCAUCUUGUUGCUAUGGAGUGUGACGUGUUGCCAUGGAGACACAAUGCAGCAUUUGGUGUUACUGGACAACCUUCCACCCUCCUUUCAGCAAAACUCCACCCCCGAUCUGGUCAUUACCACAAACUAUAGUGGGUCGGUCACCUUCAAGGAGUCCAAUGAUUUCAAGGUUUUACUGAACAUCUCGUCCCCCAGCAUUGAUGAGGCAUAUUCUGUCAAGUCGGCCAUACAAGAGAGCAAAGGGAGGCUACUCAUACAAGUGUUUGAGGAAAAAAUCAGCGGCUCUGUAAUCACUCUCCCAUGGAUCUUUGCGGCGAUCGGUAUGGGGGCGUUGGUUGUGGCAGGCGUGGCUGUUCUGUGUGCGGUCAGGUGGUAUUGCUCCAAGCAACACCUGAAGCUCCAGCAGGACAACCUGAGUUACGGCAACGUGAUGAAGCGGUCACGUCACAGCAUACACCUGUCUUCCAACCCUGCAGGAGAGUCAGUGGGACAGGAUGGAGAGGAGACUUUGAUGGGUGUGCCAGAGGAGCCAGAGGAAGAGGAAGCAGAAAACAGGAAAAUGGCCAACGUCAGGCUGUCCCACCAUUUUGAUGAUGAAGACGACGAUAAUGAAGAGAAACAGUUCCUGCCUCAAAAGAGGCCUGCUACUUCAGCCAGAGCCCAGCGCCAGUACGCAAGGCAGCACAGCCAUAGAAAGCGCCACCCCUCCCUCAACGACCCCCCAUCCUAUAAUACAGUGAUGGACUACCCUAACAGUGAUGAUUCUGAUGGAGAGGGGAAUACCCACAAGAAGCUACUAGAGCCUUUGAUUGAGGGUAGCCAGGCCAGUAUUGACAAGAAGUCGGAGAGUUCCUUCACGUACCAGGAGAUGGAUGUUCGAUUGUACAGAGGGAUCAACCAGCCAGUACUUCCGGUGGCGAGAUCGGACGGAGACAUUGAAAACCGGAACUCGGCAAGGCAUAAAGCUCCUUACCAGAUACCUCAGCUAGGGAAGCUAUCUGGCAGCAAGACCAACAGUAGAAGCUCAAUCAAACGAGAUGAACCGACCACACCACAAGAAACGAGUCGAAAUUCUAUAAGGAGAGAUGAACUUCCGAGCCCACCCGUAGAACACAGCAGAGGUUCAUUUCGCAGACUUGAACCUAUAACCCCACAGGAUGAGCGGACCAAGUCUCCGUUUAGUGGUGCAGACAUGUAUGACAAGAAGUCUUUAGUGGGGGACAAUACAUCUGGUAUCGUACAGAUGGGGACCUCCAGGGGACCUCCUGUUCAGCCCCCUCUGUCUCCUGUUGAACCGGGCACACCAAAACCAGACGGCAGCUCCAUGGACAUUCCUUUAACCAGCUUCACAGGGACUCUACAGAGGCAGAAAUCUGGGAGGACCCGUACUACAAGUUUAUUUAUUGAUCCAGAAGCACCAGAGGAGAAAGAUGUGUUUGAGGUAGUUGAUGACAAUGAUGAUGAUGAUGAUGAUGAUGACGAUGAUAUAUUUGCCCCCAGAGUUCCCGGCCCUGAUGGCAGGCAGAGACACAUCUCAGGGGACAGCAGAACCAGACACUUGUCUGGAGAGAGACACCAGGGGAAUAGGAUCAGGCACCCCUCAGGGGAGGACAAGUUCAUGAUUCCCAUGGGUGGUAGCCCUGCUAGGGGCCCCAUGGGGGGAAGCCCCGCCAGGAAUCCCAACGAUAACAGUCCAGCAAGACAAGGAAACAAGAACAGUCCUUCCCGCUAUGCCGAGAACCGUCUCCGGAAUCCCCACCUGGAUCGUCAUAGACAUCCAUCUGGAGGAGACCGGACUCGGUACAGCGUCACCAGUGAUGGUUCCAUGUACGGAAGCACCGAGAUAUUCAACAGGAGAGGCACAGACAAUAAUUACGAAGACAUUGACUCCGACAUGGAUUUUGAGAUGCCGCCAUUAGAGUCGGAUGCUGACGUGCUGUCCGAUGUGAGUCUUCCUUUACCCAGUCCCCCGGCCUUCGUGAAGCAGGCGUCUAAGGAAGCAAGGUCUCCACUCAGGAGCUUUGCUUAUGAUGAAGCGCCAACAGCUAUGUCACUGCCACUGUCACCCUUUGGAGAUUUUGGAGGUGGGACCUACAUUACAAUAGCAGCCUCUCCUUCUGCCAGCACUGUUGACAGGAACCACUUUGUCUUUCCACCCACCAGCCCAACAGCCACAAACAACUCCAGACCCCCAGAUAACGAGGCAGAGAUUCUCCCACCCCCUCCCCCAGAGCUACAGUCAAACGGAGAGGCCUCUGGGGGAUCUCUGCUCCCCCCACCGCCGAAGGUCUUCCAUCCUCCCCAAAAACCUUCCUGGCACAAGAGUGUGCCUUCCUCUUCAAAGAAUGGUGGCCCAGAGCAUGGUAGCUCUAAAAACGGAGGACCUGAGUAUGCUAAGAUACAGAGGCAGGGUAAUACGAGACAGGAACCAGACAAUGGUGCUCAGAGUGGGGAACCAGCUACAGAGGGUCCUACCAGGGGCGGCAGUGUCAAACGGAAAAACAUUCCUUCAAGACUACACCUGACCAUCGUGUGUUCCCUGUGCCUGCUGAGUCUGAUUGGAGGGGUGUACAGUAAGAUGAACAUCACAGGGACCCAGGUCCACAUCACAGUGUACGCCCCCAAACGUUUCUUCACCCAGAAAAUCGAGGUCUUCUUCCACCAGGACAAGCCGGCGUAUGUCGUGAAGACUCCGUACAAAGUGCAGGCCUAUGAUGUGAUGGAGCCGAGGCUGAGGAACCUGAAUUCAUCCAUGUGUCACAAGUCUCACUGCCCCCAGGGCUGUGAUGAGGACACGGGUCAAUGCAUCUGUAAGAAGGGCUACAGGCUUGAUGCACAGAACAAAUGUCAAGAUGUGAACGAGUGUAGAGACGGGUCGUUCCGGUGCCAUGAGGAUGCUGGUUGUCUCAAUAUGAUUGGCUCCUACUACUGCAUCUGUAGUCCGCCCUUCUACGGGGACGGAAAGUCGUGUGAAGAAUGUAACGCCCCCUGCAGACCUGGUACAUACCAGACAGGAAUAUGUGGAAAUAACCAGCAGAAAAAGUGCAUCGAUUGCACAAGCCAGUGUGACAAAGGUUUCUACAUGUACAGCAAAUGUGGGAAAAUGGAUGACGCCAGUUGUCGCAUGUGUUACGGAGAAUGUUCGGAGAACCAGUACGAAUACCAGAGAUGUACGCGACAACAGAACCGAGUCUGUAAAGAGAGAGGCGAGUUGAAGCCGCCGGUGGUGAGUGGUAACGUGAUCGUGGAGGACCGGGACGAUACAUACAAGAACGGCAUGGCAACGGUCCACCACAGAGAGAGCGGCGCCAGUCAAAACACGCAGUCCUUCAUGUUCUCUAAAGGGUCUGGAUUUUAUAUAGAAGUAGCCCUGAAGUACCUGAAUCCAUCCCCCAUCUUCUCUCCUGUCAAUCAUUCCCGACAGAACGAGCUAGAUAGCUUCACAGGCGACAAAGCUGUGCUGGAGAGUUACUGCCCUUACCCUAUGCCUGUCAGACAUGAGCUGUACUACAAAACCCAUAAGAACAUCACGUAUAAGGAGAGGGAAAAGUACGGCCACACCCUGAUCAGACCAUGUAAGACGUACACCCAGCAUGGACAGUACCCACCCCAGGACGAGGGGCGGGAGGGGGCCAUCAUGUGCUCCCAGCCCGGGCCGGUCAGUGGGGUCUUCUCCACACUGGACUCCCAGUUCACCACCAGUACCUCAAUAUGGGUGGAGAAAUCGGAGAGUUGUCUCCUGAGUAAUGGAGCGUGUCUGAACUGUACGCGACACUGUGCCAGGCAGAUGCUGCUCAAGGGCGGGGAGUGUGCCAUCUCCGGGGGUGAUAACGGUCAGUCCCCACGACUCCCAGAAUGCUUCACUUGCUGCACACAGAAUAACUGCAGUGACGUCUGUAAGAAUUACCAUGACUACAUCUGCCAGACUGAAAGCUGCAAGCAAGGUGAUCUCAUCGAGUUUAGAUUGAGACCAGUGUACCAUCCCAAAAAUGACUUCUUGUGUCACAUGACCCUGGUACCCAAUCAGAAGCUACUAGAGCUAGAGUACACGAUCAAACACUACUACAACACACUGAUGACGCAGAGCUUCAGCAUUUACGGAGACGAGACGUGGCAAAAGACUGGAAAACUGAAAUCAGACAAGCACAUUGUGAAGGUUGAGGUGAAAUCUAUGCUGGAGGUCAUCCCAGACAUCAUUGAGGGGUCCCCGGGGCAGAGGGAUGUCACCGUGGGGCUGUAUAAAACCUCGGGGGACAGUGUCAGGAGCUCCUACAUACAGGGAACAUCAGCUCCUGUCAGGGCAAUGAAACCCUACAGAGAAACCUCACAUACAUUUGGUGAAAAGCAUUGUGAUGACGAUGCUCUGGAGAACUUGGUCUCCAUCAAGUCUGAGGAUCCCUACAAUCAUUUGCAGACGUUACAAGGUCGUUACCUUGGAAACUUCACCUACGUUAUCACCAACAGCUCUGCUCAAGCCUUGGUCAAUUUCGAGGUCUCCAAGCAUUCCUCCAUAUUGUUCUCACUGUAUCCAGGGGCAACGUUAAAAGAGGGAAGUUUGAGAGGAAAUAUUACCCACAAUUCCACACACUGGAAUCUGAAUGUGACUGGCGAAGUGGUGUCUUGUCCAGGUAUUCUGAAUGUGAACAUCACGGACCCGGACUACCCCGGCCGACCUCUGUACCAGUAUGACAUACAGGUCAAGUGCCCCCCGGAUUUCUCCCUGGUGUUUUCGGUACCCAGUGGCGAUUCCUCCCAGUCCCACAAACAGUUCAUCGUGUCUGUGAGGGACAACGUCAGAAAGUACCAGCUACAUGUGUACAGGGCUAGUGCCAGCCAGCUAGGGACAUUGAGCGAGAGAAAAACUCGGACGGUUCACUCCACAGAAGCUGUGGUACCCCCUCAUUUCUCUGUUCCCUUCAUUGUUUCCGUAUGUGGAGGAGUACUUCUGCUCAUCUUCAUCUCAGCUUUUGGGAUUGUUGUCAAGUUUGGUCAGCCUUUGGGUGAUGUUCUGCGGUUCCGGUGGUCCCACCUGGUGCUGAUGGUGGCCUACAUGACCUUCCAGUUCAUCUACGCCGCCUGUGUCUCUCUGACUGUCUUUUACCUGGUCAUUAUCGCCAGCAAUAGUGACACCACAGCAUUCCUGAAGAACUACCAGCACCAGCGGUCGGUGAAGACAGCGUUCAGUAACCUGGAGUUGGACCACUUACAGCGCCACCUACAGGUGGAGCUCCAGAGACAGAACAAGAUCGCCUCCACCUCCAAACAGCAGUGUGAGGUCCAGAUGAGGAAGGCAAUCGAGGAGUUUACUGAGAUAAAUAGGCUGCUGGAGAAAGAGGUCAAGGAUAGAGUGAGGAUGGAGAACAUCAAGGACCUCCUGACCCGGCACACCGAGGACCUGUUACAGCAGUUCACCACCAACCUCAACAACUACAAGGAGAAUUACAAGAGCUACAUAAAACACACCAAGAAAGUGUUUUCUGCCAACAUUGAGGACAGUUAUCGGAGCGUGGAGCGCAGUAAGUGGCUGGCCGGGCCGGACUUCCUUCACAAGACUGUCAAGAACUUCCGCGACCUUGACAACCUGCCCACCAAACCAUUCAUGGAAUGGCUUGGGAUCCAACAGAGUCUGACACAGAUCUCUGGAGAUGACAUCACCAUUCCUCUCCCCCAAACUCCUCGCCUCUCCAAGGUAUUUAAUUCGGGGCCCACGAGUCAACAUAACCUCAAAGGCAGCUUCGACCGGCCAGAAAGAACUGUCCAUAAGCACAACAUGUGGUUCUUUGCCGACGACCCAUUCACCGCUCGAGAGAAUCAGACAAGGUCAUCCAAAGGUCAGGGUCAUUCCACCCAGGAGCCGCGGUACAGCAGCUACAGUGGGAUCUACUUUGUGAUGGCGGUCAUUGACAUCAUCUGGUUCCUCCAUCGGAUGUUUAAAGCUGUUGCCGUGGCGAGGCUGUUGUUGUAUGGAUAUCCGAUAUUUGUCGGAAUCAGAGAGAAAACAAAUGAAAGAAACCCUGAUGGCUCAGCAAGGAGACAGAGCCAGAUCUUCCAGUCGGGAGCUGCUAAAACUUUCAAAAAGUUCUUCAUCAAGACGCUGUCUAGUAUGUUUGUGCCAAAAGUCAUUGCCACCAUUUUUGUUUGCCUGUUUAUCUAUCUCACCUCCGUGACAACAUUCCAUUUUGUAAAUAGAGAGACAUUCAGCUACCUUGGUUACUAUAACAACAUGGACGACCUUCUGAAGUUGAACGAGGACUUUGUGAACCAUAGAAUCGAGUCCCAUGCCAGCAGGAUUAACACCAUGGAGUACCCCACAUACCAGGAGAUAAUGAAUAUGUACGUCCAGCGUCACCUAUUCCUGCACCGCACACUGGAGAGCCAGUGGCGCCAUCUUCAGGAGGCCCACAGUGGCUUCUACUGCCGUUACAAGCAGAGUCUUGACCCAGGCGCCAAAUGUAGCGACGCCCUUGGGUCCAGAUUUGGAGACAGGGCUAUGGAAGUGUGCAGUUUUGAACAGAUUGAACCCAAUUUUUAUUCAAAUGGCCACGUGUCUGACUCGUCGGUGGCAGAGAUACAAAUGGACGCCUUCCUUACAAACAUCAGGAAGCUGAUCUCGGACACCUGCUACAUAAUACUCAUCUACAUGUCUGUCAUCAUCAUCAAAGAACUGCUGGCUACCGUCAUCUGGCUCUAUCUCAAGAGGUCUGCAUUUAUUAAUCUUCGUUUAAUCUAUGAAGCUGAUAAACCUCCCCCAACUGCCACUGGGAGAGAACGAUGAUUCCAUUGGACGGUGUAUAAAGACUGGUUCUCACUGACCUAGUUUUAUAAAAGAUUAUAUAAUGUGUUGUUGAGAAACUCAAGGGACUAUGGACUGUGUCCAUUUCACAGCGAAUGUAACAGGUGCUUGUACAAUGCAUUUCCAGAGAGUGUUUAGAAGUACAUGUAAUUACGAUUAUUGACUGUAUACUACAUGUGCAAAAAUAGAACACAUGUAACAGUAAAAAAAAAAAAGCUGUGAAAUAUUCCUGUUAGUGAUUAUUUGAAAGUUUGUAUUCAAGACUGAGAAAUACCCAUGUUUGUUAGCAAUACAUCUACCUGUAGAAUGUAUAAUGAUUACAUUGGAUUUUAUGUAUUUUUGUUUGUAUUGUUUUGUUUUUUUUCUUGAGAUCUCUCCUCACACCAGAAUUUUAUGAUUGUUACAUGGCAUUUGAAGCAUAAUAUUUUUUAUAACUAAUUUAGAUGUGACCACCCCCCUUUUUUAUAAAACCAAAUAAAUUAAUGUGUUGGCUCUCAUGCUAAAAAGUUAAAAAUAUAUAAAGCAGGCAGGUUUUUUGGAAGGGAAUUAAUUAAUUUUCAUAAUUUUAUUGAAAAUGAAAAUUGAUUUACCCUCUUUUCAGUAUGACAAUAAGAUUUAUCAAUGUGUCAACAUUUGACAUAAUAUUGCUGUGCCUGAGAACCAAUAGUUACAUUCAUUAUUUGGCCUUGGCACUACAUAAUAAUGAAAAAAAAAAUGUUGAAUUUCCCUGAAAUACCAGAAUGCUUCUUUUCGAUUUUUUUUUUGAGAGUACAUAUUGUGUUGUGAAUUUUUUUUUCACAUUAUAAAGCCUCACGAUGCAUGUCUGUAUGCUAAGUGUUACAGUCACAGCCAAAAGAUUCAUCAUGUCUGUGAUAUUUAUUUUACUGCAUUUUUUGUUCACAAUAAUUUUAAGAUUUCAUAUUUUAAUUUUAAUUUUAACAGUGUUGUUUGUGGAUUAGUCCUGAUCUAUAUAUAUACUUAUGAUGAAAAUUUGGCUUUGAUAAGUGAUUGAUUGUAAGCAAAUUUGUUUAUUUUUUCCUUCUUCUUUUUUUUAUUUUGUUUUUUUUUUUUGGGGGGGGGGGGGGGUAAAUAUUGAACUUUGAAGUUUUUGAAGAUUUUUUUUUGAUGAUCUUAAACUGUCUGUAUAUUUCAAUCCAAAGAUUGUGGAGUUUGAUGAUAAUAUGAUGAAAUUUAUAAAAAUAGUAUUUUAGGGAGAUGAAUUACUACAUUUAUUUGAAAGCUUUAUUGUAAUCCCAGUAAGGACCACUAGAUAUCACCAGAUAUCACUAGAUAUCACUAGAACAGUGCUCUGUACAGACACUACCACUAGUCAGAUCGUCAACAAUUAUAGUGUGUAAAGAAAGUAGUUAGAUUUUGUAGUUUAUGAAAAAAUGGAGGGGAGAUUUCCCAUAUAUCUUGCUUGGCUUUUUAAAAAUACAAAAUUACAACCAAUGAAAUUGACAAUUUUACAUUGAAUGCUUUAUAGCUGAGUGAAGUGAACAAAGCCAUAAAUUUGUAAAUGUCUUGUAUUUGGUGCAUCUGAAAUUCUUCAGACUGUUAGCGUAUUUUUUUUUUAUCAGUCAGUGUGUUCAAUAUACUGUAUAAUUCUAUCUUCCCAGGUAUCGGAGGGUGCUCAUUAUUCUGGGUCUGACCCAAAUCUAUUUGUUAGUUUAUGAAGGCCAGCGGUAAAAUACUGCUACUGAACAUUUCAAAAGUGUUUCAAUAGUUAUGUGUAUAUGUAUAUAUAUGAUAAAUUUAAAACCAUUUAUUUAGAAAUACCUUAGUCACUGAGAUGCCAAAUAAUGCUAGGUGAAUGCUUUAUUUGGUUUGAACUUUAUGAAAUUUUAUAUUUUUGUUACAAUUCAGUUGUAGUACAUGUAUUAUAUUUUAUUCCACCAAAGUUUAUUUUGAAUGUUUUUUAGCCUUCAUAUUUUAAGAUGGGAUGCCAAGAUGAUGUAGAAAAAGAGAAGAGAUCAUAUAAAGAUAUAUUUAAAUAUUUAGUUUGCCAGUCUGAUUCUCUGAGGUCAUAACCUCUGAACUCUUAACUGACAUGGAUUCUACACAUUGAUCAAGGUCAUUAGAAACUUUUUAAAUUCUUGUUUUCAAACAAUAUUUGGUUUUAAUUAAUUAAUUUUUUUUAAUUUGAAGAUCACCUUCAUAUUUCUUCUUAUUCCACUUUUGUCAUCAGACUGAAGUCAUAACUGUUCUUGCAAACAUUCCUCAAAACAAAAUGUGAUCAAGUAACCCCAGGUCUUAAAUCAAAGGUCAAGGUCGUUUAAUAUUCUUUUGUGUCCUUGAUCUGUGUAACAUUGACCUUUCUUGAUAACAGUUAAAAUAUUCUAAGAAUCACUCUUUGUUAGAACUUUUUUAAGUGACCUUUCAAAACUGUCAAGGUUAAGCUUGUGCUGACUAUGAAUGCUUCAUGUAUUUCAUAAAAAGACUGCAUCAUUCUUCACAUUUUUAAUAUUCAUACAUGAAGAAACUAUUUUAAAGUAUUCAAUUUUUGUGUAAAAUUUUCUACUAGUUCAGUAGAUAAUUUACAUUUUGUAUAUCUUGCAUUUAUAGUCAUAUUCCAUUUUUAUGAUAAAUAUGUGUUUUAUAUGCCUAGGUUGUAAUACAUUUGAGUGUAAUGUGUCAUGAUACAUGUGUCACACAAUUCAUCUCCGACUGUGUCCGGAUGCACAAGUUGUGAGCUGUGUUAAUUAUUGUAUGUAUGUCUGACAUUGCUGAUUGUGAUCUCAGUUGUUUAACAUCUAUACCAUAAAGAUGUGAAAUUCAA